AAAUCCUCCUCCGGACAUAGGAAAAAGCUCACCGACUUCAACAAGUUCAUGCAGACCGAGGUUGCCCGUCUGAAGGAGGAGAAUCCCGACAUGCCUCAUAAGGAAAGAUUCAAGCAGGUCAUCGACAACUGGAACAAGCAGAAGGAAAAGGAGAAGUAA